UCUGCCGCUGCCGCUGCCAGCAGCAGCAGCAGGAGCAGCAUAUUUCCUUCCACCACCACCACCACCACCGUCACUGCUGCUGCUGUGCGUUGCCGUCCCUCUCGAAACCUCGCGCACCGCGUGCGGCGGCGGGGGGCGUGUCUGCCUUCCACGUCGUCCUUUGGGGCGGCGGGCGAAAAUCUCCUACCACGAGUUCGCACCGAGAUCUGCGCUCCGGUUCCGGCGGCGGCGGCGGGGUAGGAAGAAGAAGCCACUCCUCCUCCUCCUCCUCGGCCGACGGCACUGCUGCUUCUACGGGUCUUGACGACUCCUACUCCUCACCGCCUUCACAGCUGCCUGCCAAGCGCAAGCGCGUGUCCUCGCCCAGCCCGGAACAGCAGCAGCAGCAGGUGGCGGUGCCGGAUAGCUGCGAGCUCGCAGCGGCAGCGGAGGCAGGAAGGGUCGGCGAGGACUUGGUUGUUGGGGGACUCCCUCCCGCCCGCAUGCCAAGGGCGGACCUGUUGGCGGAGCCCUCUGCUGCUGCUGCAGCAGGUUCGCCGUUAACGAGGGGAAAGGCCACGGCAACGACGACAACGGGGGCUUCCCCUAGCCCCAGCCGCCUCAGCGGCGGCGCCAGCAGCAGCAGACGGCGAGCGGGGGGAUCGAUAGGCCGAGCAGGAAGCAACAGGCUGUUACAUGGCAUGGCCCCAGAGGCCGGGAUCGGCGGCGGAAGUAGCAGCACCGAUAACUCUCCCAGGAGGCCGUCUGCCGGGAGGGGCGUGGGCGGGGCCGGGGGCGGCGGCAGCACCGCCGUAGGCGCAGCCGGCAGGGGGGGGAAGGGGAAGGGGAAGGCCAGGCCAAGAUCGGUCGUCGUCGCAAGUAGCACCUCUGCGAGCGCUACGGCCAACGGCGGCGUCGCCACUGCUGCAGCAGCUGGUACCUCGGGGAACAGCGGUGGUGGUGGUAGCAGCAGGAGCCAUGCCGGCGGCGGAGGGGGGAUUGGUAGGACGGACGGGGGGGGUAUGGGAGAGGGAGAGGAGGGGAGAGAUGGGAACGCAGGAGCAGCGGCGACUGAGGAUCCGAAGGCUGCCCGCAUAGAGCAACUGCGGAAGUUGACGAAGAACUGCCUGGAGGAGAACAUGUCGGACACGGCCGCCUACUACGCGGACAAGCUGGUGACCUUCUCCAACUUCGAUCGAGAAGCCGUGCUCCUUCUCGCAAAGGCACAAUUUGCUUGCGGGGCGUACCUCCGCACUGUGCACCUGCUGGCCCAGCACCGCCUGCUGGACUACGCGGACAAUUUCGGCCUCAGGGCGUGCCACCUGGCUGCGAGAAGUCUGAGGGCGGCAGAGAAGACGGAGGAGUCGGUGUCUCUGCUGGAGAAGGUUUUGGGUCACAGCGACGACCACGCCGUGGAGGUGAAGGCCAGGGCUAAGGUGGCGAGAUCGGGGGUUCCGGCGGCGGUUCCCGGCGCGAACGGCGCCGAUUCGGGAGCCGGGGCGGCGGAAUGCCCAGCACCGGGAGUAGAUGUGCUCGCCGCUCUUUGCUGUCUGAGGGGACAGGCGUACGCUUACCUGGACAACCGGCCGAGGGCGGCCGUGUGGCUCCGGACCGCGCUGGAGAUCGACGCUCGUUGCGUGGAGGCUCUGCAGUGCUUGACACGAUGGCACCUGCUGAGCAUCGACGAGCAGGCUUCGUUGGUGUCCGGCUUGGAGUACGGAGAGGAGCAGCAGGAGAGCUGGCUGCACUUCUUGUUUAAGUCGCAGAUUAACCGACCCCCGGGCUGCAGGGCAAAGGUGUUCGGGGACUUGAAUCGCGUCGGUCUCGGAGGCAACCUGGACGUGCUAGCCGCCAAGGCAGAGUGCUGCUACGAGCAGAACGACGCCCAGCAAGCGCUUGAGAUCUGCAGACAGGUGUUCCGGACCGACCCGCACAACUCGGCGUGUCUCCCGGUCUACCUCGCGGCGAUGGUGGAGCUGAAGAUGAAGAGCCAGCUGUUCUACACGGCCCACCAGCUGGUGGAAGCGGGGCCGAAGCAGGCGGUCUCGUGGUUCGCCGUGGCCUGCUACUAUCACCUCCUGGACAAGAACGAGCUGGCCCAGCGCUACUUCCUCAAGGCGACUAAGCUGGACGGGAGAUUCGCGCCGGCGUGGAUCGGUUUCGGGAACGCCUUUGCCGCCCAGGAGGAAACUGACCAGGCCGUCAGUGCCUACCGCACGGCGGCGCGUCUGUUCCAGGGCUCUCACCUAGCGCUGCUCUAUAUCGGAAUGGAGUACGUUCGAACCCACAACUUGGCACUGGCGAGAAACUUCUUGAUGGGGGCGUUGGCGCUGUCUCCGUCCGACCCGCUCGUGCUAAACGAGGCCAGGGAACGGUUCGGGAAGGUUCUGAGCAUCGUCGAGGGGCUAUCCUCUCAGGAAUCCUUCUCCACGAACGAGCCGUGUGCGGGCCUGGAAGAGCUCUUCUCUAAGACUAGCCUCGACGCGAACGGCAACAUCGUCGAAGACAACAGCAGCGGCGAUCGUGGUCAGCAUCAACAGUCUCGAGGCGGCGGUGUUUUACCCGGGGACGACGGGGCUCAGUUCACCCCGGGUUUGUCGCCGCGAUCGGGCCGCAACGGCGACGGGGACAGCAGCAGCGUGGGGACCCCGUACGGCGGUAGCGGCAGGGGGGGCGAGGGGGGGGACCGGUCGUUCAGCUUCGGCGCAGAGACCCCCCGCACCCCUCGAGAUAGCGGUGCCGUCGCCGCCGCUGCCCAAAGCCCGCUGCUGGCAGAGAGCAGCAGCUCGAGGAUGAUGAUGGGGGGUUAGCGGCUGGACGGGGAGGAGAG